AUGGCAUCCUUCAUCAAGACAGAACACUACGAACCCUACCCCGAAGUCUCCCCCAUUCUCCUCCGCAGCCAAUUCACCGACAAAACAAUCCUCAUCACCGGCGGCGGCUCCGGCAUAGGCGCAUCCACAGCCCGCAGCUUCGCCCAAGCCAACGCCGCAAAACUCAUCCUCACCGGCCGCACCGAGCCCACCCUCCACCAGACAGCAGCUGCCCUCCGCGCAGAGUUCCCCGACCUAGAAAUCUCACUCCACGAGGGUAGCGUCUCCUCCCCAGAGCACGUGGCAUCCCUCUUUGCAAGCCUGGACCGCUCCCCCGACGUCCUCAUCAAUAACGCCGGGUACCUCUCCGAGCCUGUGAGCUUCGUCGACGCGGAUUUGAAAGAUUGGUGGCAAGGGUUCACGACGAAUGUAUUUGGCACGGCGCUUAUGACGCAAACGUACCUGCGUCACCGCAGGGGCUUACGGACCGGGGCUGAGGACGAGAAGCCUGGGGUUGUAAUCAACAUCAACACGAAGGCCGCAUACGACUUUCACAUCCCCGGUAUGAGCAGCUACGGCGCGAGCAAAGCCGCCAUGCUACGCCUGGCGGAGGUUAUUACAGACGAUGUCCCGGCGUCCGAGGCGCGCGUUAUCUCUGUUCACCCUGGCGCGGUGCAGACGGCCUUGCUGGCCAAGUCUGGACUGAAGCGAAAGAUGACGGACGGGAAAUUAGCGGGAGACUUUGUGGUGCGGAGUGCUUCGGAGGAGGCGGCGUUUCUGAAUGGGCGGAUGGUGUGGGUGAAUUGGGAUGUUCCCGAGCUAGUUUUGUGGAAGGAUGUGGCGGAUGGUGUGGGUGAAUUGGGAUGUUCCCGAGCUAGUUUUGUGGAAGGAUGUUAUUGUCGAGAAGGAUCUGCUAAGGAGUAG